CUGUGCUUUGUGAAUGGCCCGGCGUCUUCUGGGACCUGUCAUGUCCACAGUCUCUUGGUCAUCCCCUGUACUGUCUGCAGUCUCUGGUCAUCUCCUGUACUGUGUCCGCAGUCUCUGGUCAUCUGUACUGUGUCCGCAGUCUCUGGUCAUCCCCUGUACUGUGUCCGCAGUCUCUGGUCAUCUGUACUGUGUCUGCAGUCUCUGGUCAUCACCUGUACUGUGUCCGCAGUCUCUGGUCAUCUCCUGUACUGUGUCUGCAGUCUCUGGUCAUCUCCUGUACUAUGUCCGCAGUCUCUGGUCAUCUCCUGUACUGUGUCCGCAGUCUCUGGUCAUCUCCUGUACUGUGUCCGCAGUCUCUGGUCAUCUCCUGUACUGUGUCCGCAGUCUCUGGUCAUCUCCUGUACUAUGUUUGCAGUCCAUUAGUUCAGAAUAUUUUUUUUUCUUCUUUUUCUCCUCUAAAACCUAGGCAUGUC